AUGGAAACCCAAAAGCCACAAAUGCAACCAGCACAAGAUUAUCAUCAAGAACACCCACCACAAGCUCCGAACACUGAUAUUUUAUUGGAUCUAAGCCUCUCCAACAAGGAACCCGAUCACGGGUCGAAUCCAGAACUCAAUCUCAUCAACUGCUUUGAUUCAAACGCAUCAGGAAACUCUUCACCAGAGACUUCUAGUCCUAAAGGUACAACUGCUCAUGAUGCUGCUGAGCCAAGGGUUUUCUCCUGCAAUUAUUGCCAGAGGAAAUUUUACAGCUCACAAGCACUUGGAGGGCACCAAAAUGCUCAUAAGAGAGAGAGAACACUAGCCAAGAAAGGGCACAAGAGUAAUUGUACUGCAGCCUCAUCAGAUGCCUUGGUUAGGCUUCCAAGUUUACUCUCACACAGAUUCUCUAGCAUGGCCUCUCUCCCUCUGCAUGGCUCUUUCAACCGGUCACUUGGAGUUCAAGUGCAUUCUACAAUUCACAAGCCUUGUUACCAAUUAUCAAACACCUUUGGUUCCACAAAUACUAGUCUUUAUGGAGGGCAUAAUAGUAAUAGUAAUGGAUGCCUGAGAAAGUCUCUUGAUCAACAACCUGCAAUUAGGCGGCUUGUUGUACCACAGAACAAUGUUUUUCAUGUGCAGGGGGGAGUUGGAUCGUCUUCAUCAUCUUCGAGUGGCGGUGUUGGAAGGUUUGUGAAUAGUACUAGUGUUCGGAAGUUUUCUCCGGUGACCGAAGGAAUUGGAGGGUUGUGGUGGAAUAGCAGUGUUGGCCAUUUCAAGACUAAGCAAGAUGAGUUGCAGAAUCUUGACUUGUCCCUCAAGCUCUAA